CCGCACACGGCCCCGAGGGUCAAAUUCAGUCCUCAACUUGUGGCUGCCCAUUGAGGCUUCGAAUGUUUGGCGAACCUCCCCCAUAUGCCAUCCUAUCCUUCUCGGCUGACCUGCUCCAGGGUCCCGGACGGUCAUCUGCAAAGCGAUAAGCAGCUCGAUCGGUUUGCCGAGGUAUCCCCAGCAUGUGCCUACAGCUGCUCGCCGCCCCCGGGAGAUGAACCCGCGCUGCUCGACGUCCAGCGCAGCGCACAAGCCGUAUGCGUCGUCGCACGGGGCCAGCGAUCUUCGCGGACGCCACCCGCCUCCUUCUCCGGUGGAUCAGGCGGUAAGCGAGGCCUCGUGGCCGUCGCGCGCCUUUCAUCAGAGCCCCGCAUACAGGAGACAUAGACACACUGUUCACAAGGGACAAACCGCGCCCAAGGGACAAAGAUGGGCGUGGUCUGCGCGUGUGUACAUCCUACAAAAGCCUCUGGCCGUCGUCGCUUACGGGCAGUACCGCCCCGCGCGCUUAUACCCUUCUUCCCAAACGACUCUUGCACUCCACCGUCGUCCACAUUGGCCACCGUUGUACCUAGGAGCUUCAGCACCGUCACUCUGGUGCAUAAUCGACUACUACUUUUGCGCGUCGCGCCUAUCUGUUUACCGUUGAGCUAUGUGGCGUGCAUUCUCCCUCCGCAGCGUGC